AUGGAAGUACCAUCAAAGAAAAACAAACUCAAUAAUUUAGAUCCUUUCCAAAGGAUUCAUUCAGAUUUGUUAGAAUUAAUUUUCCAACAUUUUAUAAAUGAGGAUGUUUUGAGCGUUUCCACCGUUUCUCCAUUAUGGUUUAAGCUAACUGAAAAGUCGAAUAAAUGUAUGGAGAAAUUAAAUUUAAAAAUAGUCGUUCCAUUUUCAAAAGGCGAAGAAAAAAAAUUUGAAAAUAUGUCAAGUGAUUUGAAAAGUCUGCGAUUGUAUGAAAAUAUUUACUUACACAACAUCCAAAAUGUAGUUCCAGAAAUACUUCAAAUAUUACAGAGAGGAAAGUGGAAGGAAGUGUAUAUGUCCAUGCGAAAGAUAAAGAAUAAAAAAGAUCUGCUCGAAAUGAUGAAACUUGUUGAGUUGGAUGUUGAGAACUUCAGCAUGUCGUAUUCGUUUCUAGAAAAUCCAAAUGACAUAUUAGUUGAAGUUCAACCAGAAGUAAAGAUGUCAUUUCCUAAACUUAAAAACUUAGAUCUGAGUCGAAAUAAUGGACUUCUUAUGAAUGAGAUAGCUUUCGAAUGUAAAAGUUUGAAAGUUUUAAGACUCGACUUUGACAACGAGACCUGGAAAAGAAAUUCUGAGAAUGUUCGAAAGAUUUUGGCUAAUAAUAGUGAAUUAGAAAACCUGACACUAUGGCGAUGUCAAACCCAUCUAGCUUUCAAGAAGGAAUCAAUUUCUUUACACAAAUUCAAAUUAAAAAUGUUCUCAUACAAAAAUGAAUUUCCAAUGGACCGAAGUUGCAUGUUUGACUUCCUUGAAAGUCAAGCAGAAUCAAUCGAAACAUUGCGACUUGAAGAUUGGUGUGGAAUUGAAAUCUUAAAAUUAAUCUUCAAAAUGCCACGAUUGAAAGAUCUCAUCGUCGAUCUUUUUGAUGUUGAGUUGACGAUUGAUUGGACAAAAGUUAAUUUUAAUUCAAACACUUCCAUCACAAAGUUUGAGAUUGAAAGUUAUUCUUGCAACAAGAGCAGAUUAAAAAUUUUCAAUGCAUUGUUUGAAGCAAUGCCUAAUUUGAAAUUCUUAAUUACUGAUUGUUUGGAUAAAGUUUUACUGAAGGCGGUUGGAACUCAUUGUCGGGCAUUAGAAGAGCUUGAAGUUCAAGAACUCCGAACACAAUCAAUUCACGAUCCUCAACUUUUUCCAAACCUCAAGAGAUUUCAUUGUGAAGAUCGAAUUGACAUGAGAGUUAAGCAACGAAUAAACAUCAAACCUGUAGGACAAAGAUCAAAGUUUGAACAACUUAUUCUUGAAGCUAAACCAUAUUUCGUCACAUAA